AACAAAUAAAUAGAUCAACACCCAACACCCACCCAUCCAAUCAUCCAUCGUCGUGGCGCGCUACCUUUACUAUACCAACCCACACGACUGGGGAAGUUUCUCGAAAAGGAAUGGCUGAAUCGCCUGCGCUGUCGAUGGGCCAUGCCCGGGCGCUGAGGCGGCUCUCGCUUGCGCCCUCGCGGCUGUCCAACAUGGCGGCGCCCGCUGUGUCGUCAUCGUCAUCGUCGUCGCCCACCAAGUUCAUGGGCAAGAAGAAGAUGGGCGCGACAAUGGAGGGCGACGAGAGCGCGACACUGCUGAUGGACAUGAGCCUGGGCGAUCUGGAGUUGGCAAAGAAGCACAGCUCAAGUAGUCCCGUCAAGAAAGCCAGGCCUUCAAAGAGGAGGAAAGCCGAGAGGGUGUCUGACGAGGCGUUUGGUGGGAUGGACGUCGAGGAGCUCGAGAGGCUGGCGAAGGAAGCCUUGGAGCAGGAGGCGCGGUUCGAGAAGCGAAGACGCAGGGCAAGCAAGGAGGAAGCGACUGAGCUGGGUGCGCCAGCGGAGGCCUCGUCGUCAUCCCCGUCGACAAGACAGGCGAAGGGGAGGAAGAGCCCACGCAAGACGCUCCUUGUCGAUCCCCGCGAUGGAGGAGAGGAGCAGGAGCAGUACGCCGCGACAACGACAGCGAUGACGGAAAGGGAGACAAAGGCGAAGAGAAAGAGUGUGGCAUGGGCGCAGGCUGAACGUGAACAAACGCCGCCGUCGGCAGCAGUGCCGAUGCACAGCAGCCCAGGCAAACCGAGGUCCAUCUUGGUCCCAUCGCCGUCCAAGCACCAGCAUCCGACCUUUGCCGCUGAGGUAGAAACGAGAGAACAGAGGCGGUAUCGGCUCGGACUGGGACCGCAGGCCUGGCGCAGCAGCGAACCCCCAGGCCCGACCAAGAGCCAGGAGCCGGCAUGCGGGACAGAAGGGGCCACACCGAGUGAUGAGGCAGCACGAGACGAAGUUCAGGCAAAUGUCAAGGCCAGGAGUCCAGCAGCCAGAAAGGAGGCGGAAGUAAAGCAGCUCAGUGCUUCACCGCAGCGACCGACAAGGCCAAAGAAAGACGAUUCAAAAGCGACGCUUGCAAGCAAUCAUUCCCCAGGGGCCAAGAAGACGCCACGUACAGUCGCUCCCGAGGACGAAGCUCCAACGACACGAGCGCGAGCAGAAGUGACUGUAGCGCACGGACCAAGUCGCCGCGUUGCCCGCGCCGCAGAGGAGGCCGUGGAGCCGAAAGGAACAGCUACCUCUGCAGCACCAAAGCCGCUGACGAGACGACAACAGGCAGUCCAGGAGGCAUCCCAGGCUGCCGCGGCUACAACGAGAUCAGCGAGGGCCAAGGCAAAGCCACUCGCCACCGUCACCACGGCGGUGCCCGAGGGAUUCCGCCUGUCCUCGACGGGACAGCUCGUCGCCAUCUCGAAGCCAAAGGAGUUUUCAUUUGCCAAGCCGUCUAGCAGAGCAACGCAGGAGACAAGGCAGGGUGGGACAGCAGGUCCAAAGGCCAACCCGGUGCCCGAGUGGCUAAAGAAGCGCAGAGAGGCACUCAAGAAGGAAGAGGCGGCCAGACUGGAGGCUGAGCUAGAGCGCGUGCGCAUCGAGGAGCUGCACCGUGGUCAGGCGCCACAGCCAUCACAGUCCCGUCUGCGAGGGCAGCUAGAAGCCAAGGAGAAUGUACACGGACCUGCAACCACCGUUGCACCCGGCGCCUUUGUCUCGUCUGUCGAAGCCAGGCUCGCCGAGCGGGCUGCAUGGGAGGAGCGACGGCGUGAAAAGGAAGAGGCGCUCGAAAAGCAGAGGGAAGCCGCCCGGCUCGAGCGGCAGAAGCGCGACGACGAGGAGUACCGGGAGGCAAGGAAGAGGAGCGUGCCAAAGGCCAACCCUGUACCCGCCUGGCUGCACCAGAGGAGGUGAAUAACCCUACUUUGUCCCCCAGCGUCUCUCCGUUACCCCUUCGCUUCCGUCUGUCUAUAGCGCUAUCACAUGCAUACGUACUACCUCAUCACUCUGCUAAUAUAGAUUACUGCGCA